GUUUCUAUCAGUGACCAAUGGAACAAUCGCUGUUGACUGGCGACCAAAUUUACCUAAGAAGAAAGAGAUCGCUUCUCGUGUUUUAGAUCCGAAGAUUUUGCAGAGCAUUUCGCAGAUUUUUCGUUUUAGAUUCGCAUUUUCAGCGAUGAACCAUUUCCAAGUGUUUUUGUAGAAAUUUAUUGUUAUUUUUGGAAUUGUAUUUAUGCGUUUGCAGAUUUGUCAUCCGAUGUUGAUGAUAAGAAUCAUUCCUUGUUUUUUGUUUUUAAAAUUUUAUUUUUUUUGUCAUAAAAUGUGAAUUUGGUUGAAAAAGGAGUACAUUGAUUUUGGAGAUUCUUUGGGGAAUCUGAUUUUCUGAGCAAAAACGAGUCAUUGAUUUGAAGAUUCAUUUUGAAAUUUGGUUUUCUGCGCUAAGGUUGAUCUGAGUUUGGUUGAAAACGAAAACGAGAUUGUUUGAUUUUGAAGAUUCCUUAUGAAAUCUGGUUUUCUGAGCAUAAAGUGGUCUUAAUUUGAUUGGAAAAGAAUAUUGAUUUUGAAGAUUCGUUGAAAUUUUGAUUUUCCGACCAAAAAGUGAUCGGAAUCUGAUUGAAUAGGAGUCCUUGAUUUUGAUCUGAAUUUGUUUGAGAAAAUAGAUUGAUUUUGAUUUCUUACAAAAAAAAAAAAAAAAAAGUGAUCUAAUUUGAUUGGAAAAGAGUUAACUGAUUCUGAAGAUUCACUGCAAAAUCUGAUUUUCCUGAGAAAGUGAGCGGUGAAUUGAAUCUGAGUCUCAGUACAAACACCUGGUUGAUGCAAUCAAUAUAACUGAAUUGGAGAUUUUGUUGGUGAGAUGAGUGCAAGCGAACCUGUGAAGCUGGAUGAUGAGCAGCUAGGGGAGCUGCGAGAAAUUUUCCGAUCAUUUGAUCGGAACAAUGAUGGGAGUUUGACCCAGCUUGAGCUUGGAUCACUGCUUAGGUCACUGGGUCUGAAACCCAGUGAGGAUCAACUCGAUUCAUUGAUCCAAAAGGCGGAUAGAAACAGCAACGGCCUAAUUGAGUUUUCAGAGUUUGUGGCACUGGUGGAGCCGGAGCUAAUUCCGGCAAAGUGUCCAUACAAUGAGGAGCAGUUGAGGAUGAUUUUUCGGAUGUUUGAUAGGGAUGAUAAGGGGUACAUCACGGCUGCAGAGCUGGCCCACUCCAUGGCCAAGUUGGGCCAUGCGCUCACUGCGAAUGAGCUGACAGGGAUGAUCAAAGAGGCUGACACCGACGGUGAUGGCUGCAUUAACUUUCAGGAGUUUUCUCAGGCUAUAACAUCUGCAGCUUUUGACAAUUUGUGGGGUUGAAGGUGCUGGCAUAGUCUGGUUUGUCUUCACAUUUUUUGUUUACUCUUAUUGUUCGAGUUGUUCUGCAUUAGGCUUAGUCAAUUUUGACUUUAUUUUCCUUUCCCUGCAUUUUUCCCACAACCAAACAGGAGUUACUUUCCUGCUCUAUUGGAUUUAUGGUUGUGUAAAGCUUUGGAAGCUUGAUUUAGUGUAUCUUCUCCAUUGAUACAUUGAGAAAAGACUUUAUGUACAUUGGAAUUUUGCAAUUCCUCCAUUUUGUCAAUGAGAAUAUAGAAAAUGGGAAUAUUGGAAAACCUUGGAAAUGUGAAUUAUGUAAGAUUAUUGGUGCUGGAUUUUUAUUUAUUUUUUCUUUUGAUGGGGUUACAUACACAUGAAAUUUGAAGUUCAUUAGAACAGAAAAUUUCCAGAUUCCAAUUUGGGAUUUGAAUUUCCAAAUCCCAGAUGGGUAGGGAUUUUUAGUUAAAACUUUUCCACAUUAUAAAUCCAUUGAUUCCUAAGCAAUGUAUAUGCAUUGGUAUAAAAUAUUAUUUGGCAGCAGUUGUAUUUUUUCUCUGGUAGACUGAGAUGUAUUAGUGAAGAUGUUGAGUGAUUUAGCUUGACAUCUCUGUUGUUCCUCCUGAAUGAGCCACUAAGGGCUUUGCUUGAUGAAACUAUGCUGCAAUCUCACUAUGCCAAUCUGCUACUCCUUUUGGAUGCCUUCCCAAAUCUAACAAUAGUGAAUUGAGUUCUUUAACAUUGAAUUGUGGUGCAUUGGUCUGCACAUCUGCCACUUAGAUGUUGAUGAUCUCUUUCAUUUAAGCACAUCAAAUAUCUAAUACUUUCCACUCUUGCAACUAGAAUGAAGUUUUGAUGAAGGUCAGUGCAUGGUUGCAGUGAAUACCCUUUUGCCAUGAGUCUUGCCUAAUGCUUCUGUGGGAAUCCAUCAGCACUAAGCAUUGUCCUAUAGAUCUAGUUUACUCCAACAACAUCCAAUUCCAAUGUAUGAUUUUUCUAUAUCAUCUCCAUGUCCUCAUGUAGGGAUUUUAUCCUAAUUUCUUCCUUUUCUACUUCUUUGGAGUGCUCUGCUUGAAUAAAAAGGUAUGAACAUAUUGUAGAAACUUGUUUUAAGAUUUUAGAACUUCAUUGGAAGGGAUUCUUGCUCUGAGGUUUUGAGAGUAAAGGGGUUAUCUUUACCAAAGAAACAAUUUCUGCAGUUUCUUUUCUUCCUAAUUCCAAGUUUCUUUUCAUUGAAAAUAACACAUCUUCUAAAUUAAUCUCUUAGUUUUAAGAUUAUCGCAUCUAUAAAAUUCCGAUUUGUGGGGUUGAAGGUGCUGGUAUAGUCUUUUAUGUCCAACAUUUUCUGAUUACUGUUACUGUUCUUAUUCUUUUCUAUUAGGCUUGGACAAUUUUGCUUUUAUUUUUUUCCUUCCUGUACUUAAUAGCAACCGCACAGGAUGUGCUUGCAUGUAAAGCUUUGGAAACUUGAUUUGGUGUAUAUUCUCUAUUUGUUUAUCGAGAAGACACUUUCCAUACAUUAAAGUUUUACAGUUACUCUUUUUUUCUGAAUGAGGAAACAGAAGAAUGGAAAUUCAAUAAUGUAGAAGUAUAAAUUAUGUAUGCUUAUGGGCACUGGAGCCUUUUUUUACAGGUUCCUGAAACUUGAAAUUCUGAGCUCAUUAGAAUGGAAAACUUAAAAUAUGUUCUCUGGAUUUCAAUUUGGGACCUGAAUUUCUAAAUCCAAGAUGAUAUGGAUUCUGAGUGAAACAUUUCCCUGCUAUCUCUUCAAAUCCAAGGAUUUCCUGGUUGCUGCAAAUACCCUUUCACUGCUAGUCUUACCUUAUACUUCAGUAUGGAUCCAUCAGGAUUAAGCUUUGUUUUAUAAAUCUGUUUUACUCCAAUAAUGACCAUUAUUAUUAUUUGUUCAUGGCUUUUCUUUGAACUUCUUUGAAUUCUCUGAUACAUUAAUGGAAUAGUUACAUGUCACAAUUUCUAUAUAUUCUUAGAAGGGAUUCUGGUGAAGAUAGACCUGAUUUCAGAGGAAAAUAGUGAGUAUGUGGUGGUUACUAAAGCAAAACUUGACAAGCAGAGCAUAUCUGCCAUAUACUUGCUAGGAGUUUUGCACAAUCCUAACCACAUGUGUGUGUGUGUGUGUGUGUGUGUGUGUGUGUUAUGAUUAUCCAUAAACUUAUCCAAAGAAGUUUAUAUAAUACAUGUGUGUGUUAUGAUUAUCCACAAACUUAUCCAAAGAAGUUUAUAUAAUACAUUCUUAAUGAGAGCCUUAGACCUUUUCUCUUGACAGUUUUUUCUACUCAAAGAAAUGAAAGAUGCAGAAGUUGUCUUUUGCACUUCUGGAGUACUUUUAACUCUUUGUGGAAAAUGAAUUAUUUCACAAGAAUAAGAGAGAAUGAUAAAUGAAAACACAGAGAUGAAAACAAUUCUCAGGUGCAUUUUGUUUCAUACCCAUUGUGUUGAAGAUGUUUGAAUGUGUCAUAGCAUUUGCUACGCUAUAUCAAUGUUUAACAUCCUGCUCUCUGCAGCCAAGCGAUACAAGAAGGUAGUUUUAAUUGUCAUCCAUUUUCUCGUAAUCUCCUGUUAAUGCUUCAAUGAACACUCAACCUCUGCAGUUUAGAUACCAAAGAAUGAGGCAUAGUCUAGUUGUCACCCAAAUUUCUCACAAUCUUCUGUUAGACAUUCAACUGAUGCUCAAUGUUUACAAUGCAGAAAACAUUGUUUGGAGUUACUUCUGUAUGAGGUUGGUUCAAAUAAUCUCUCUUUCCAUAGUUGAUUUACAUUUAGAUUUCUUUUUCUAUGUUUUCUUCUUUUUGUUUGGUGUCUUUUUUUUAAUCAAAGCCGAAGGAUCUAUUAUUAUACACUUUUAUUGAUGUAGGAGUUGAAAUAUCUUAUUUCUACUAGAUAGAAAAAAAAAUCAUCUUUUACAGACAAUUUUGGAACAAAUAAGUAGGUAAAUCAUUGAUCUAUAUGUAUAGCCACUGGGAUCUAUUUAAGGAGCUACUCUAGUAUCUCUAUAUCGAAUGCUCUUUCCCCAGGAGUAGCAUGAGAUGGCUUUGAUAUCUUCAAUGCUGAAGGAUUCAACUCUUCAUUGUUUCCACGUGAUGACACUAAAUUUUGUCACAGAUGAUUCCAAUGUGCAAAUAGAUUUGGGGGUGGAGGAUCCUCUAUCUCUCCCUCAAGUAUCUUUACCACCAUAGACAUUUUCUCUGCUUUCUUUCUGUUAUUCUCUUCAAUUCCACAAAGUGACAGCAUCUCUGCUAAUUCAUUAUUUGCAAACAUCACACUUGCAGGUGACAGGAUAUCGCUUUGGAAUCUCUGGGGCAGCAUAUGCUGCUAUCCCCCUAAAGGCCGUCAUGGUAACAUGGGAGCUAUCCCUAUUACAGAGCUUUGCCAGUCCAAAAUCAGCCAAUUUUGGAGGUAUGCAAUUCCUUUUGCUGUUCCGAUUGCUGUUUUUUGCUGCUUCCCCCAUUCAAUUGCCUGGUUCUCAGAAACAAGAGCCUGUUCAGUGAGCCAUUCCCCACAUACUCAUAAGGGUUCACAUGGUUAAGUCAAAACAGAAACCAUGGAGCCUAACUAGGUUGAUAUGGUAUGUUCCUUCAGUGGUGGCAACCUUAGCCAUGAACUGCUCUUUGAUGUUCUUAGAUAAAUUAUUGUUGAGCACUUUGACAGCCACCCACAAACCAUUGUUUUGACCUGUGAGUCUAAGGUUAUGUUUGUUU